AUGUCCUCCCACUCUCGCAAGAUUGUUCCCAAACCCCUCGACCCCGCCUCCAGACUCCCAAAAGCCGAGGUAGAACGUAUGUUCUCCCUCAUACGUGGCUCUCGUCUUCCAGAAUCGAAUAUCGUUCCUGGUGCUGACUGGGAUUAUGGGAUUCCUUUGACGAGGCUGAAGGAGCUGAGGGACUUUUGGCUCGACAGUUGGUCGUUUGACGACUUCCUGGCAGAGAUCUCCCAGUGGGAACACUACACGGUCGAGAUCGAGCAGAACGACGUGCAUUAUGUGCAUAUCAAGAGUGGAAAGGAGGGCGCCAUCCCCCUGCUCAUGACCCACGGCUGGCCUGGCAGCUUCUACGAGUUCCACAAGGUCGUCGGCCCGCUUACAUCCCCCACCUCAGAGGCCGAUCCUGUGUUCCACAUCGUCCUCCCCUCACUACCGGGGUAUGGAUUCUCGGGCCCACCGCCGAGGAAGGGGUGGACGCUCAUCGACAGCGCGCGGGUGUUCAACACGCUCAUGGUUGAUGUGCUCGGGCAUAAGGAGUACGUCGCCCAAGGCGGGGACUGGGGAUACUGCGUCACCCGUGCCCUCACAGCGAACCACAGCGACCACUGUCGGCUGGCGCACUUCAACAUCCUCCUCGAGUUCCCUCCCCCGGCAUACCAGUGGCCCUUCCUCAUCGCCCUCUUCGCACUGCCCAAGUGGGUUGGGCGAAGGGUGUGCGGACUCAUUCUGAGCGAGAGGGAGAUGGAUAGCUUGGCGAAGCAGGUGCAGUUUAGGGAUUCGGGCAUGGGGUAUAUAUCUAUCCAGGGGUCGAAGCCCGCAACAAUCGGCUACGCACUGAACGACCAUCCAGUGGGGCUGCUUGCCUACAUAGGAGAAAAAUAUCAUUCCUGGUCCGACCCCAACAAGCCUAUCAGCGACGCCGAGAUCGUCAGUACCAUUUCGCUCUACUUCCUGACCCAGACGUUCGGGACGAGCGUGCUCCCGUAUUUCGAGACCAAGGACGCGUUUAUGCGCUUGCCGAAGCAGGGCAAGGGGAGCAAGAGCGCGGUCAGUGUGUUUAAGCAUGAUGUGCUUGGUGCACCUCGGAGCUGGGUAACGGGAAAAUUGAAUAUCGCAUUCUACAAAGAACACGAUGCUGGAGGACACUUUGUGGGCUUCGAGCAACCCGAAACGCUCGUCGCAGAUGUGCGGGAGUUCGUUAAAGGGAAUUGGAAAAAGUAGAUGACUUUGCAUUGGAUUGUUUUGGUGGAAUCGCCUUGGAUGGCUCGUGCCCUGGAAGGGAGAGCUUGUUUUAUUCUGAAGCAUCUUAUGGACUGGAUCUUCCUCUAUCAUGUUAUUUUGGAUAUCAGUUGUUAUC